AAAGCACUCGCCCGCCCCCACCCCACCGCGCUUCAACAGGUGUACCUCGAUCGCCAGCUGUUGGGCGCUCCUGUCCGCAUGCUGCAUAAUUUCUUUCGCUUUUUUUCUUUCCAUCCCUCCUGUUGCCUUUUUACAUGCCAGAGGCUCACUUUCCAUCCAUGAAUCUCUUCUAGGAGAACCUUGUUUGCUUUGCUGCCCUCUCAUCAUGUCUUGGUCUUCGAACUACCUCAUAGGCUGUGCCCAGUCGGCUCUGCUCAGUGCUGCGCUGUGGGUAUUGCUCCAGACGAGCCAACGGCCAACAUGCGUCAAACAGCCAUUUGACAGACUGCUCCAAUGCAAAAUGCUCGUCUGUCUCACCUUGAUUGCUACUCAUGCUGCCUCUCUCGUUUUACAAGUCGACACCACGACAUCUGGCGCUAGACGUCUCGCUUUCCUUGAAUCAGUUUUACUGCUUUCGAUAACCUAUCAAAAGCAUAAGCGUGAUAUAUCAUCAUCAACAUUCGUCAGUUUCUACCUGCCCAUCUCCGCCUCUCUCGAGCUUCCGCUCGCCAGAUCGAUCCCUUCGCUCUCAUAUUACCACAUUCCGAUUCUCGAAGCCAUCUCCGUGGCCCUAAAACUUUCAACUUUACUACUCCAUGAAACUUCCAAAUGGACAUAUCUUACCGAUGAUGAUGCGGCUGAAAUCGUGCGCGAGAGUGCUAGCGGGUUUUGGAGCAAGUGCCUUGCGCUGCAUCUGACUCCAGUUCUGCGAACUGGAUCCAAGAGGGAGAUGAGUCAUGACGACCUUAGCAGUGUACCACCUGAACUUCUUAGCUCAACUUCUAUGAAGAGGUUUCAAGCGAUCUGGGAAGAUUACAAGUUAUUGGCCAAUGGGCUGAUAAAAGCAUGUCUUCGUAUGGAACGACCUCGGUUUAUCGCCGCAGUCCUAUCCGGCAUGCUUGCAGUCACUCUGCAUACCUGUAUACCACUCUUGAUUGGAUCUGUCGUAGAGCUGGUUGAAGACAGAGCCUACGCGACACAUGGACAGGACACGCCAACUCAAGGCCAGUUGCUCAUCAUCGCCACAGCCAUUUUUACGGGAGAAGCCAUUUUACAAGGCUACGCACUACGCUGCCUAACAAGGACCAACACGUCUAUUCGAGGUGUUCUGCUAGGCUCAAUUUUUAACUCAGUAACCUAUCUAUCGGAUUCAAAGCUUGCCACCACAGCAAAAUCGUCAAUCUUGGCAAAUGAGAUUUCAAGCUUAGGCAAAAUCGACAGCUUGUACUAUGUCGUAGUACGAGUCUUUCAUGUUGCUCUAUGUGCAUGGUUACUUUGGUAUACUCUCAGUACCAGGACCUUAUGGCUUCUGUGUUUCUCGUUUGGAAUGACAUUCUCUACUCUCUAUGUAGGAAAAUCCAUGUCGAAGCGCCUGACCGCCCAGCAUGAGGCGACGACUGUUAGAUCGACAACAUCAGCUAACCUACUGCGCAACAUACAAUCAAUCAGGUUGCUCGGCCUUGAGGAACAAUUAAGACGUACUGUAAUUUCAUUGCAAAGUGAUGAAUUACAGGCCAUUAGCAAAUCACUUGGUGAACAGCGGAAACAACAGAUAAUAAUUGCCUCUUAUAUGCCGCUGGGCGGCUUUUUCGCAUUCUCCAAUGCCAUAUUUCCAUCCAGCCCAAACGAUACUGAAAUGCACCUUGCGAAAUUCUUUACAGCACUUGCCCUAGCAUAUGAGUUUUGCUUUGCAAUUACAACAUUUAUACAUAAUGCAGCCCGACUCAAAUCAGUGCUCACUAGUUUUUCCAAGAUUCAAGAACAACUACUAGCAUGGAAGGAAGAUUCUCCGGACGAGCCGGUGAAUCCGCUGCUUGAUCCUGAUAUGAAUGGUGAUAGCAACAGUCCUGGUACGAUUGAGCUAGAUGACGUCGCUGUGGCAAUUGCAGUCGACGAAGACCCAGUGGUGACCGAUAUUACCAUGUACAUACCUGGGGGAUCUACCACGGUUGUAGCCGGACCGGUUGGAUGUGGUAAAUCUACUUUGCUGAGUGCUAUUGCUGGAAGAGCUGCAAUUCUUGAGGGACGAAUGGAGGUUUCGCAAACACGCAUCGCUUACAGUCAUCAGAUCCCCUGGCUGCAAGAUCGCACCAUAAGAGACAAUAUCGUUGGACCAAACAAAUUCGACCUCGAAUGGUACAAUGCAGCGAAAACGGCAUGCUGCUUAAAUCGCGAUUUAGCCAUGCUCCCACUGGCUGAUGAGUAUAUGGUCGGUGCGAAGGGAGGCAAUUUGAGCCGUGCUGUGCAGCAACGCAUUUGUCUUGCGAGAGUUGUUUAUUCCAAAGCACCUAUUGUGUUGCUUGACGAUCCUCUGAGCUCUCAGGAAAAGCCCGUUGCUGAUCAGCUCAUUGAACAAGUCUUUGGACAUUAUGGUAUUCUGAGGCCAACAACAGUGGUCUUGACAUCUUCUAAACCACUUCCAUAUUCACUUGUUGCUACUCAUGCGCUGUGCAUCGAUGCAACAGGGGCUGCUCGAGAAAUCAGCACUAGACGAUUGCUAGAAAUCGGCGUGGUAGUAAGCCAGCCUGUUACUCAUGAUCCUGAAAAUAUUCCACAGGAACGAGCUGCUGAAAGCCAUUCAGCCUGGGACUUGCUGGCGAAGCCCAUCAACCCGAACGUCAAUAAAAGCCGGUUCCAGUCAACUCGAAGGGGACAAAGUUCAUGGAAAUUUUGCUAUACCGGAGUUGACAGAGGCUUGUUUAUUGUUGCGUUUGGGAUAAAUUUCGUGAUGACAUUCACAGAGAGCUUUCCUUACAUUUUGCUUCAACGCUGGUUUGAAUCCACUUCUACCACUCCGUUCCCAAUUCUAUAUUGUGCCAUUAUUACUUCGUUAAACGGAGUUGCUGACGUUAUAUUUGCAAUUCUAUGGCACAAUCGCAUCUGCCGUCAAUUCGCGCAAUAUAGCCUUGACUAUCUAUUGGAUAGAAUUAUGAAGAUUACAAUUGCAUCUUGGGACCCUGUUAAGUCCGAAGCCAUGAUCGGCCUGUUCAACGAAGCCAUGCAACUAGUCACGUUCGAUUUGGGCUAUGAACUCAAAUAUGUAAUAGCGCUGAUCAACACAGUGCUCGUCUGUUGGGGCGUCGUCAUCUCCUGCAGCCCCAUCUUAGUCUUUGCUUUUGUCCUAUUCACUGUAUGCUUUGUGGGAAUGAAGUCUAUUCAGCACCGUGCCAGCUGUCAAUUACUACAGAUGAACCUUGCUGCCGAAGACCGGCUACGAACUCAUUUUGACGAAACCUUGGCCGGCGCAGCUCAGGUCACCUUGUUGGGCUGGAACAAGCGAUAUAAUGAAUGGAGUAGGGCACAUAUCGAUCACUCACUGGCUACAUUAUACAACAGCGCAACCUCGAAGGCUUGGUUGAUCAAUAUGACGAACCUCAGUACCAUCCCGCUUGGUCUAGCAUUUGUCGCUGCCUCUCUAUAUGUGGACAUUGCUCCGCAUUUAGUUGGCUUAAGCCUGGUUGUCAUGCUGGAAAUUUGCAAGAUUUCCCUCGUCUAUAUUCCAUUCUGGGGUGCUUGUGAAACAUCCUGGGCCAGCAUGAAUCGCAUCCAUGGACUCAUCAUGAAGGCUCCAGUGGAAGUGGAUAGGAAGGACAGCGACCUCCCAGCUCAAUGGCCUGCAAAGGGAGUGAUUCAAGUACAUGGAGCAUCCAUCUGGCAAGAUGCACAUGUUUCACGUGGUGAGCGGCCACAACUGGAAAAUGUGACUUUUGAUACGUCCAGACAUCGCCGAAUUGGCAUCCACGGCGAUUGCGAGAAGUAUACAUCUAAUACUACUUGUUGGCUUCGUAUCUAGCAAUACUAAUCCUUUGCGAAUAGAAGUCGAAACGCCAUGCUAUUAUCACUUCUCGGACAGGUAGCAUAUACUGGAUCGAUCAAGGUCGACGGAGUUGAGGUUUCAAGUGUAUCGCCACGCACGAUGCUGUCCAAUGUAACUGUCGUCCCGAAAACGUCUGUUAUUUUCCCAGGCAGCGUUCGUCAAAACCUUUUACCACAUGAAAUACUCACCCCCGGCAACGAGACGGAGCAUCUUGCAGCGCUGGAGUAUAUUCUUAGAGGCCUGAGCUUAUGGGGUGCAAUUACUGCCCAAGGUGGCCUCUCACAACAGAUGUCCAAGCUGCGCAUGACACCAAACCAAUUGCAGAGGUUCGCUCUCGCGCAGGCGCUGAUGGCAUUUCACCUGAAAAAGGCAAAUAUGGUUCUCAUGAACGAUACUACGAGUGAUGUCAACACUGACAGCCUCCUCCUGAUGAAGGCGAUCAUGAGGGAUCUUCUUCGACACGCGUCUAUUAUCACCAGCACAAAGUCUCUGUAUGCUACUCAGGGUUCGACGCUGAAGGUUCAUGUUGGAGAUGGCGGAGCUGCCAUUAAGGCGUAUGCUCCGAGAUGAGGCGCGAUCGUGCGAAUCAAAUUGUUUGAAGAUUUGGUUUCCGGUGUAGUUACCUUAUUGGACGAUUAAUACUCAUAAGUUUCUUGCC